UGGUAAUUAGAACAGUUUGGAAAUUUUUGGUUGCAGAUAUGAUGCAGUCUCUAAAAGACAUUGUACCAGCUGCAUCGAACAAUAUAAACACAAAAUUUGUCGUUCUGGACAAAGGGAGGAUAGCUUUAGAAGGGCAACAAAAGAUGUGUUUGGCACUAGUAGCAGAUGAGACAGCUGCAGUUCACUUUCAGAUGUGGGGCGAUGAAUGUGAUGCUUUUGAGCCUGGAGAUAUUAUCCGGUUAGAAAAUGGCAUCUUUUCUUAUAACCGCAACAACCUUGUUGUGCUAAGGGCAGGUAAGCGAGGCAAGGCAGAAAAGGUGGGAGAGUUUACCAUGGCCUACGUGGAGACGCCAAACAUGAGUGAGAUACGUUGGGCCCCUGAUCCCAGGAAUUCUAAGAUAUACGUGCCAGAGGCUGUUAUCUGUCCCUUUUCACGAGUGUUUCCACCAAUGCAUUGAAUAUUGGGCACAGUGUGCAAACGGAUGAGAAAAGAUCCUUAUAUUCAGGUUAAGUUUUCCUACCUAGCCCAAGAAAAAAUAUAAACGUGUGGAUGAAGGAAAAAGUAACACAUAAGGAGUGAGAAAGAAAACUAGGUUACAGCAACGGAAGGUUAGGCCGACCACUCUAGUAAAGCAACACUUGUAAAAGUUUAUUCCUACUCCUUACCUUAUUUGUCAAUGUUCCAAUUCCCAGAAUACUAAUGUGCCUUGUAUAUACAGUUGUCCUUCCUUCGAUUUCUUUUGCCACUUUUGCAUCUGUCGUAUUUGGAAAAGCUUGCUUUAUGGCGGAGCAUUUAGCAAUGCCAGCAACCUGGUGAGGGCUGUUUGUCUAAGAAUAGGUUAUGGCAGGGCCUUCUGGGCUUGCUUCUCACGACAUGUCAAGGUCUCUGUUCUUGAAAUGUAAAAGUAGACAGGGCCUGCAAAUGAAAUUAAAUUUUCCUCUUGCUAAAAUUAACGUAUGGUAGUACAGAGACGAUGUAUGUUUUGGC